AACGCCUCAGAUGCUUUGGAGCCAGGAAAAAGUGAAGAAUAUCUGGCCUGGAUGCGCGGCCGCCGUUCUGCUACUGAUAUCAGUUGGGAGUGCUUGAAUGCCGUCAGGCCUGAAGGUACCACCUCAAACAGUGCCUCUGUAUCUGGCACUAUCGACGCCCUGACUUUGUCCGGACUUGUGAAUGCAACCGAGCUCACAGUGGCUACUGCUAGUGGCAGCUCAGCUACACUUAACUUAAACAGUUUGAGCGGGUUGACCUCGGCUGAUUUGCUUCCAGGAAAGCCGGAGGAGGGUGAGCUGCCUAUUAUGAAAAGUGAAUCCGCUAGUAUUAUAAACCAUCAGCAGAAGUUGAGCCAUUCAGAAAAUCUCGUUGACUCCAUCACGGAGCGGCAGAUUCUCUUGGGCCUGACGACAAGUGUGUCAAUUGAUUCCUCGGCAGCAGUAACUGGUCGCAGCGGUCUCAUCGCCGCUGGAUCUGGUGUAUUGGUUGGAUCUGUGGAUGGAGUUAGUGGAUCAAUAUCAUCAUCCAGGGAUCUCGGCAACGGCACUAGCAUCGCUAACGGUCUUGAGCUUACAGGCAAUCAAACCACCGCUGCUACCAGUCUCCUUUCUUCCCAUAAUUCUGCUUCAGCCCCGACUCAAACCUCAUCUGCCGAGCACCAACAAUUAAUUGCUCCUGGAUCUGCUGCAGUUGCUCAGGCCUCCCUUCUUGAGGCAUCUACAAUCACAGUCAAUCUGACUGCUAGUGGCCUUGUCGAGCACAGUGCUACUCACGGUUGA